AUGAUAGGACCAGCGUGCGUGAACAACCAUAAUUUUCUAGAUAAAUCGCUCAGCAUCUGGGAUACCUUCAGCCACACCCGUUCCGAGAAGAUACUGGACAGGUCAAAUGCGGAUGUGGCCUGUGACUCCUACAACCUCUGGGAGACAGACGUCGCCUUAGCGAAGGCGUUAGGGAUACAGUUUUACAGGCAAAGUAGGUCUAACAAACAACCAUAUUUGGAUCCAAGCAGCAUCUUCCGACGACGAGGAGUACGCAGAACUCUCGAGAAACAUUCGAUUUACGCACAUCCAAUAUUUGCCAAAGACGGAGGUUGGCCGCCGAGCAUCGAGCAGUUCGUCGCAAAGAAGAGUAAGAAAGAAGGUUACAAGAAAUCUAGGCUUCCGGCAUUUACUAGAGAAGAAAUUGAAUUUAUUAAAGGUACAUACGACUUCUACGGUUUGAACUAUUAUACCGCCAGAUUAGCCUCACCCAUACCCCCCAAUAUGAGUGUUGAAAUGCCGGGGUGGCUUGAUGGUAAUCUAGAACUGGGUUUGGUCUACAAGCCAGAUCCUAAAUGGAAGGAGGGAUACGCUUGGCUUGUAAGCUAUCCCCCCGGACUCCGGAAGCAAAUAAACUGGUUGGUGAAGCAGUAUGGAGACAUGGAAAUAAGGAUAUUUGAGAACGGAUACUCUACUCCAGACUCCGUCGACGUAGACUCAAACAGGAUAGACUACUUGGAGGACCAUUUAGAACAGGUGUUGCUGAGCAUACACGAAGAUGGACAUAACGUUACUGCGUUCACUGCUUGGGCUCUGAUGGACAACUAUGAAUGGAGUAGUGGAUUUAAGUCGCGAUUCGGUUUGGCCGCCGUAGACUUCACGGACCCGAAGCGCAAGCGCACCCCGAGGGCCUCGUUCGCCUUCUACGCGGCAGUCAUCGCAAGCCACUCCCUAGACUUCUAUUAA